AUGGCGGUGCCAGGGUUCUCUUCAGUUUAUUUCAGUGCAUGGUCAAAUAGAUCAUCCAUGAGACCACUGUGCCGUGCACUUGGAAAUGGCAUGUGGCCUGCUCUUGCUAGUCUACUCCAAACAUAUUUCAAGAUUUACAAAUUGACAUUCAACGAAGACACAUUACCUGAGCCUUCUCGUGUGACAACAGAAAAUAUUGUGCCACGGGAAUCUAAUUCUGGGAAAAUUGUAAAUAUUUCUGUGGAGAAUGGUCCUACACAACCAUUGCUGUCAAACUCCAAAGCUAAGCAAAAGAUGGAGAUGGAGACACUGAUUGUGAUGAUGGCUGAAGAAGAUCCUGUGGAAAUCCAAAAACCAGUCAAUUCAAUUGUGUCAGCAUAUAGAUACUAA